CAAAAGAUAUUAUUCUAUUCCUACAAAGCUACAGCGCCUGGAAGAAGAGGUAAAAACUCCUUUUCUUUCUCAUCUUCUUCCUGUUCUUCUAGCAUCUGAUCAAUGGCUGAAACAUGCUUUUCUUCUCCUCGCAUCCCCUUUCAAAAAUCAGGACCUGUUUUGAAGACUGCAAGCAAAUCUCGGAUGCUUAAACAGAAUAGUCAUAUUCUACUCAAGAAAGCACCUACACUUCUAGUCAGAUCCUCCUUAAAAGAUAAGGUUUUCGAGAAUCAAGCUGAGGGCAUAGUUUGUUAUAGAGAUGACAGUGGGGAGAUAAUUUGUGAAGGAUUCGAUGAAGGCCCUCGUUUUCACCAGCCUCUUCCAAGUUCAUCAUAUCAUUCAAGGGAUGCUGAGAUCAUCAAUCUUCUUCAACAAGGAUUGCAUCAGAUUGUUAAUGGUGGCGAGUUUGACAAUACUGCCAAUGGUGUUAUUGCUGUGCAAGAGGACUGCAAUCAGAAUGGUUUUAACAGAUUUUGCUGAUCAUUGACCACCUCUUGUAAAUUCCAACAAAACUGAAAAGAGAAGCACUUCUUCAAUCACAAAAUGUAAAUAGCGAGCAUAAAACACUUGUCUCUAUGUUGAAGCAUUUCCUUUUUUCUCUUUUCCAUUAUGCGUUAUCAAUAUUUCAGUUUUCUCCCA